AUAAAUAAAGUUAGCGUCGACUGUGGCCCCAACAGUCUUGUUCAGCGGGACACUGGGGUACAAGAACCCUCGCACACAUCGAAGAAUUUCAAACAACGACCAUGUGGAAGGUUCUCCCAGUUUUCUACGCUCUUUGCAGCGCUGCCAUUGCUCAAAACAUUAAUUCCUGCAAGAAUGUUACCACUUCCGGGGUUCAGGAGAAGCUCUUCAACACUUUCACCAACACGCUCUUCGACAAGGUCCUCUCGUCUGUCGCCAAGUCCGGGGCCAUCGACAGGGUGUCCUUGCCGAACAUCGUCCACACGUUCGAGUCCAAGGUCAUUGAGAAGAUCUCGGCGCAAGUUGGCCUCUACCGCGGCAUCCUGGAGGGCUUGCCCAGCCUGACCAGAACGGGCAACUGCCGCUUCGAGGUCGGGGAAUGCGGCAUCGACAUCAAGACGGACCUAGGCGCUGGUCCCCUCAAGUCCAGCUUCGUGGGACUCGUCCGCGUCAUGGGCUUCGGCCAGGCGGUUACGGUGGACGCCAGCGUCCGAGAGCUUCGGAUACUCCUCGGCCUUGCUCAGACUCCCGGGCGCCAGUUGGAGCUCACCGAGUUCAAGGUGCAGCAACUGAGGGGAGUGUCCGUCGCCAUGCACGGCUUGAAGCUCCUGAGCAGAGUGUUCAACAAGCUAUCGGCCGAGCUCACCAACCUGCUCGAGGAGCAGAUCAAGAACGCCGUCGAGAAGACGAUCCGCAAAGCCGUGGCCGAACAGAUCACGAAACUCAACGACAUCACAUUCUUUUAGAUCGCCGCUUGUCACGCUACCCGUGUCUGGAAUAACUUAAAUUGUAUAAAUGUAUAAAGGAUUUGUUUUUUCUAUUAUCACUGGUGGCUCUCUUCAGAAACGCUGUACGUGAAAGAUCAUAUAAGAAAACAAAUGUAGAGUGUG